GAAGCAACCAAAUCGCAUCGAACACCCGAUAAAUCGGUUAGACAAUGCAAACUCCAUUGAAAACACCCACAUGCCAUAAAAAUAUACACCAUACGCGGCUGCUCGUGCACAUAUAUCCAGUCACUUCAUAAGGCCAGCCAACUACCCACCUAAAGUAAACCGAAACUAAGGCCAGAACUAAAACUAAAACGAAAACUAAGCCCGAAACUAAAUCCUAACCGAACUAAGCAAACGAACUAAACUAAAAUUGAAGCCGAAGGCAGUUACAACUUUUACUAUUAGCAAAGUUAGACCAAAGACAGGGCAGGCCGAGCAAAAUGAACGACAGUCGACGCAACACGGCCACGGAAUUCAGCUACAUCCUGCAGCGCCAGGGCAGCGAUGUGUCGGUUGCCGAGGCUUAUGCAUUCGAUGACUUCAAUAACAUAAUGAAGAACAACCAUCAGACACAUCAGCAACAGGGCCAGCCGCAACAGCAACAUCAGGGGCAGCAGCAGCAACAUCAGCAGCAGCAGCAGCAGCAGCAUCGGCAACCUUCGCAGCAGCAGCAGCAGCAGCAACAACCACAGCAGGAUGCCGGACUGGGGGACACGUUGUCCUCGCUGCCACAGGCCUCGUUCAACUACAUCAACUCCAUCGUGGGCAGCGGCGUCAUCGGCAUACCCUACGCCCUGCACCGCGCCGGCUUCGGCCUGGGGCUGGCCCUCCUCAUCCUGGUGGCCUACAUCACCGACUACUCACUCAUCCUGAUGGUCAGAUGCGGCCACAUCUGCGGUCGGUUCAGCUAUCCGGGCAUCAUGGAGGCGGCCUACGGCAAGUACGGCUACUACCUGCUCUCGCUCCUGCAGUUCAUGUAUCCCUUCCUGGCCAUGAUAUCCUACAACGUGGUGGUGGGCGAUACGCUGUCGAAAGUGCUGGUCCGCUUCUUCCCCUCCUGGGGCGGUUCCAUGGGCGCCGUGCGGCUGGGCGUGGUCUUCUUCGUCAACGUGGGCGUGGUGAUGCCCCUCUGCCUCUACAAGAACGUCUCCCGGCUGGCCCGCGCCAGCUUCAUUAGCCUGGCCUGCGUGGUCUUCAUCCUGUUUGCGGUCAUCAUCAAGCUCAUGUCCGGCGACUAUAAAGUGACGGACACGGCGGAGUCGUGGCGGUUUGCCAACUCGGAUCUUAUCCCGGCCACGGGCAUUAUGGUGUUUGCUUUCAUGUGUCAUCACAACACCUUCCUCGUUUAUCAAUCGAUGCGCGACGCGACCAUGGAGCGCUGGGAGAAGGUCACCCACAUUUCGAUUGGAUUCGCCUGGACGGUGGCGGCCCUGUUCGGCAUCGCCGGCUACUCCACCUUCCGCGCCCUGUCCCAAGGUGAUCUCCUGGAGAACUAUUGCUGGGAUGACGACCUGAUGAACUUCUCGCGUGUGCUCUUCUCCAUAUCGAUACUGCUGACCUUCCCCAUCGAGUGCUUCGUUUCCCGCGAGAUUGUGCGCGCCCUCGUCCACCGCUUCGUGCUGAAGGAGCCCAUCAGCGAGUUCACCCAGGACAAGGACCCCAGCCUGGAGAAGGGGGCCAUUAUCGACGAGUACUCGAAAGCCAUUACCAUGGCCAUCGUGUUCAGCGCCUUCGUCAUCUCGCCCAUGACCGACUGCCUCGGUUCGGUGCUGGAGCUGAAUGGUCUCCUGGCGGCCAUACCCUUGGCCUACAUCCUGCCCGGCCUGGCCUACAUCCAGAUGGAGCCGCACGCCCUGCUCAGCCGCGAGAAGCUGCCCGCCCUGGGCCUGGUGGUCUUCGGAGCCCUGGUCACCAUCCUGGGGGCGGCGGUCCUGCUGCCGGGACUGAUGGGCGGCGACUGCCGGUCGGACAUUGUGAUGGGCUACUGCCGGCAGGAGUUCCGGAACUCCACCGCCGAGAACUAAGUGGGCCACAGUUGGGGGACACUGGUUGGGAUCGUACUUUGUUUUCCAUUCUCUCACUUUGGUUCGAGACCCCUGAGUUGACCCUGAGUUGACACAGCUGCACCUUGUCGCAUCGAAAGAAAAACUUGUACCUGAGUCCCAGACGUUCAAAGUAUCUGCGUAAGUAAGUAGUAGGCACGGCGUUGCAUUGGCUAGUGGAAGAGUGUGUGUGAUACGGGCGAACCUCAGUACAAAGGCCAGGCAAAUUCUCUGCGAUCGAACAAAACCCUUGCAUAUUUGCACCGGAUAGUUAUUUGUUGAUAGUAUACCUUUCGUUGGAUCCCCGUUGUUGAUGUCGAUAUUGUUGAAAGUAGUGAAAGUUCCUCGAUAUAUGUGUAUGAGAAAUCGAAGCGAAAUGAAGCCAGAGCGAAGGCGAAGGCGGAGGCGGAGGCGGAGGCGAACUAAACCAAACUAGAACUAGAUGUUAUCCGUAGCUUUAGCGUAGUCUGAAACUAUUUGGGCACCAAUAUACACAUGCAAUCCUUGACGACAACCGACUUAUUCCCGAGUUGAGAGGCAAAUCAAAAUCGAACAAGUAUUAUAGCUAUUUGUAACUAUGUAUAUGUGUAUCUAUGCCCCGACGUUACCGAAUCGUAUUCCCAAGUUUUAUAUAUAUAUGUAUAUGUAUACAAGGAGUAGUCAACUGCGCUUCGAACCGAACUAAGAUCAAAUUCUAUCCAUCAACACAUCGAUUUGAACAACAGUUUUGAGUUGUUACCAGCACUGAACUCUGUUUUGAAUUGCGUACGUAUAAUGUACACCGCACACGAUCGAAAUCUUAUAUAUAUGGUUACCACCCACACACGAUGGUAUAUUUUUGUACAACUCUUGAUUUAUACUGCACGAUAUUUUGUAAAUACAUGUGUAUGCAUUUUUGGAUGUGAUUAAAGUCUUUACACUCUAUACACACGA